AGUGUAGCCCUGCCCAGCUGUAACCGUCAAUCUUGGUUCAUUCAUUCGUUCCAUGUUGUCUGUCUUCUUUUUUCUUUGCUCUUCCAAGUUUCAAGUCUUAUGCUAUUCACUUCCCAACCCUUUACCCUUUACACGCUCCCAAUGGCUUCAUGUAGCUUAGGGACCUCAAACAUUAAACUAUUGAACUUGCACUUUGGUGGAAUAAAAUUUGGCCUUUCUCAGCAAUAUGGUACAAGAAGCUGGAUCAGUAGGCAGUCAUUGCAGUACACUAGUUUGGUCAUGUCACGACAGACAGUUAGGUUUUUAGCAUCACCGAAUGACCCAUCGCCAGAUAUCGAAUUUGUUACAAAGUCAGAAGAAGAUUCUGAAGAGAAUAAAUCAUCAGGCUUGACAAGUGAGCUGAUUCCUAAUUUUAAUGAGGUGGAGUUCCUGCUCACAAAAUUAUGUGACACAAGUUCAAUUGGGGAGUUAGAUUUAAAGCUUGCUGGGUUUCACCUGCAUGUAGUGAGGGAUUUGGGUGAAAAUAUUAAAACUCUACCCUCAGCGAGUCCUGCUUCUGUAAGUAUAAAUAAUGUUCCAGAAACACCUAAAACAAAUGGAUCAGUUUCUACAACUUCGUUGGCCAUCUCAAAUCCAGUACCUUCUCUAGGGUCUAUCCAGAGAUUCCUAGACAAAGCUGCUGAUGAAGGCUUGGUAAUAAUUCAGUCUCCAAAGGUUGGUUUCUUCAGGAGAUCACGAACCAUAAAGGGGAAGCGUGCUCCACCUUCAUGUAAAGAGAAACAAAAUGUUGAGGAGGGGCAGGUGAUUUGUUAUAUUGAACAACUUGGUGGAGAGCUGCCAAUUGAGUCUGAUGUGACGGGGGAGGUCAUCAAGAUACUACGAAAGGAUGGUGAUCCUGUUGGAUAUGGUGACGCACUUGUUGCAAUAUUGCCAUCUUUCCCCGGAAUAAAGAAGCUUCAAUAGGUUUCAUUUUUUUGAGGAAGAGACAUCCCUUGCCAGCCAUGCUGUAAUUGACUCUACAUAUAUUCUUUACUCUUGAGUUCCUGUGGUCCAUAGCUUGUUUGUUUUUUUUUUUACUUUUAGUAUUAGUUUUGCAUCGCAUAGACAAUGGUAAAAUAAAACAACUCUAUUUUCUCAUUCAUUUUCUUGUUCCUGUUGUCACGCUCUUGCAUUUUGGUUUGCAAAUGGCCGUAUAUUCAAGACACUAGAACGAGAAUGAA